AUGCUGAUUUUUGUUCUUGUCCUGGCCCGUCCUCUUCUCAGUUUCUCAAAGUUGAGCCUAGGAAACGCGGAGUGGCAAGAAAAGUCCGGCAGUCCCAAAGGCCUAGUUACCUUCAUUCGUACAAUGCUCAUCUUGUCUGCCUGGAACUUAGGCGUUCAGCUUCUUCUUGCUGCAGGCUACUCUCUCGCGCACGCCGCUGCGUGUAAUUCCGAAUUUACUGAGCUGACGUCAGGCAUUUGUGCUAAGAUAGCACCACAUUUUCCAGACAUAUGCUCAGCCGCAGAAUAUUGUGUUUCAUUAUCUUCUCUCAAUGAGCCAGUCUCUCUGAUAGGCUCAAAAUACGAUUUAGUUUCUCAAAAGCUGAAUUUUAAAACCCCUUUCUGGGUCGGAAUUCAUGACCUUCUUAUUCCACAAAAUAACUCCAAAUCUGACUGGCAAUUCAUUGACUCUUUAAGCAGCAAUCGAAUGAAGCCAAGCUAUAAAAUUGCAUGGUCGCCGAACGAACCAGAUGGUUAUGCUAUGGGCGAGCAAUGUACAAUAUAUGAAUACAAUGGUUUGAAGGACUACCCAUGUACAUUUAAUAGAAUAACUUGGAAUGCUAGGGCCGUUUGUCAGCAAUAUCCAAACAUGGAGAUGGAAGGUAAAAACAUUUACGAUUCCUCCGUUCUUACUACGAAGCGAUUUAUACAUAGUCUACCAAAAGAAGUGGUCGAUAUCUUUGGUCCCUUUUCGAAUGGCUGCUAUGGGGUAAUUAACAAUUCUGCAGAUUCCCUCAUUUCAUGUGCUGUCAGGUGA